AUGCCCUCCAUUCCGCUGGGUAAAACUCUGAUCUACUAUGUCUGUGGUUUCGCUGUCGAAUCGGUCGUUUUUGGAAUGUACUCUGUCGUAGCACUCCUCUCGACACGGAUGUUACUGAAACGAGGGUUAAAAACGAAAGCCAACAAAAACUUGUUUGCCAUAACGCUAUUCAUGUACAUCCUGUCGACGCUCUUCUGGCUCUACGGAUUUGUAAACACGGCCUCAAGAGUGACUGCUUUCGUAGACCACCCACAAGAUCCAGCGCCUCGUAUUCCUGGCACCCGUUUCUUCGUCCUGUCCAACGCGGUUAUCCUAAUCAACUUUGCUCUUUCUGACGCCCUGGUUAUUUGGCGCGCACGCUUAAUAUGCGCUUCAGAACAUCGCAAAUACAUGAUCUUACCAAGUUGCUUCGUGGUACUCACCUCCCUAUCAAUCGCGGCCUUGAUUAGCUUGCGCAUCGCCGGACUAUGGUCGGUUUCCCUGACCAAACACCCCGCAUUCGUCAAGGUCAUCGACAUACUGCAAAUCAACGGGAUGUUCCUCAGCCUCCUCUCAAAUCUCACAACCACCGGCGUCGUCGGAGUCACGGCUUGGCAACAUCGAGAAACCAUCCGCACCGGAUUCAAAAAGACAACACAAGGCAACCGCAUUUUGAAGCUUCUUCUCGAGUCCGGAGUUGUUUACUGCGUGAUGGGCGUUUUAGGGCUGGUCGCUUCACUGACCCGUUUACCCUACAACACCCUCGGAGACCUCUUCAUCCCGAUAAGCGUGCUGCUUGCCAGCGCCUACACUCCCACUAUACUCUUAAUGGUCAACUCCCAGCGCUCACUUAGUGAGGCCACGUUCUUGGGUAGCAUCGAUCUCUCUGAUGACUGUCCACCUCAAACGCAUGCCACAGCCACUAGCUUUAUCGCAGGCGCUUCUUCACUGCCAUGGCUAGCAGUUGACCACGCCGAGCCAAAGCUAGCUCUUUCUCAAGGGGAGCUGGCCAGGGACUCGGAUUCCGUUAUGUCCGGAACGACAAUACUGGAUGAAGAAGAGAGAGGACAUCGACACAAGAUCUCCAACGCAACCCUCGUCUAA